UGCGUCUGGCAGAGAGUGUGUUUGACAUUUACGUUACAGGGAUAGUGUGUGUGAAAGGAGCUAGCCUGUCAAUGAAGCGCAGGGUAGCAAUGCUAGAGAAUAUGUCGAGCCAUAUAGCUACAUCUUAUUUUAAAUAGCGUCAUCUUUUUUUUUUUUGCUACCAAGUUCCAUGCCCGUCUCGGGAGACACUGCAUCCAGCCCAGCGUUGGAUAUGAAACUACCGAACAAACAACGUGUUCGCUAACAUCUUCAGGGCUAGCAUGCUGCAGAGUGCAUUAAGGUCGUUUCCAGGAGUUUGGCUGUGAAAUGUGGUUGGGUAAAUCUCGCGUUAGGUGAAGAUCACACUGUUUGUAGUUGUUCCGUGUUGUGCACUCUACUGGUCGCGGUUUAAAUCUCACUUCUCCGCGGACCAGUGCACAAGGUUAAGAGUGGCAAUAGCUAGCUAGCCCUACCAGCACUUUUUGCAUCAGUUUGCCCUCACUUUCCCACGCUUGUCCCCAAAGACAGGUGCUGUGGUCUAAGUAGGUCAAGUGUGGUCGGGAACGCGAACCCCCCCCACUGUAAUCGCAGGGAUUAUACGAUAUUUAAUUAUUUCUAAUAAUUGAUAGGGCUGUUUUGAGUGGAGCCAGGAUUCACGAUGCUGCUGUCCUUCAUUGUACAUACAUACUCGCUGCGGUAUUGGUUCCCUGCCACUGUCAUGCUGGGCACAGCCCCGGCGUACCUCCUGUCGUGGUGGGUAUGGCGCUUGUGUUCCACGGUGUUACCCCUAAGACUUUACCACAAACUGGACGAUCGCCUCUACUGCGUCUACCAGAGCAUGGUCCUCUUUUUCUUUGAGAACUACACGGGAGUGGAGAUUGUAAUAUACGGAGAUAUACCAAAGAAGAAGGAAAAUGUUGUCUACCUGUCAAAUCACCAGUGUACAGCGGACUGGAUCAUUGCCGACAUGCUGGCCAUCAGACAGGGUGCCCUUGGCCACGUGAGGUACGUCCUGAAAGACGGGCUGAAGUGGCUCCCACUGUACGGGUGGUAUUUUUCCCAGCAUGGAGGUGUGUACGUCAAGCGAAGUGCAAAGUUUGAGGAGCAGGCGAUGAAGAAGAAGCUGCUAACGCAGGCCGAAGCAGGAACACCAAUGUAUCUUGUCAUCUUUCCGGAAGGAACCCGCUAUAAUCCGGAGCUCAAGAAUGUAAUUUCUUCCAGUCAGGAAUUUGCUUCUAAAGAAGGGCUGGCUCUCCUGAAGCACACUCUGACCCCCAGGAUGAAGGCCUCUCAUGUGGCCAUCGAGGCCAUGAAGGACCACCUGGACGCGGUGUACGACGUCACCGUGGCCUACGAGGGGACGCUGGACUCCGCGGGCCACAGGCUACCGGCCCCGACCAUGCCAGAAUUCCUGUGUAAAGAAUGUCCCCGGGUCCACAUCCACUUUGAGCGGGUGGCCAUGAAGGAAGUCCCCCUCGAGCCGCUGUUCUUCCGCCGGUGGCUCCACGAGAGGUUCGAGAUCAAGGACCGACUGCUGACCAGCUUCUACGAGUCGGACGACGCCCAACAGAGGAGCCGCUUCCCGGGGGAGGGGCGACGCUCUGCGCUGAGCAUCGCCAAGACCCUCCCCUCCAUGAUGGUCCUGGGGGGCCUCACCGUCCCGCUGCUCCUGACCGAGUCGGGCAGGAGCUUGUACGUCAGGACCUGGGUCUACGGCACUCUCCUGGGGUGGCUGUGGGUGAACGUCAGCCCCUAGGGAGCGCACAGGAACACGCACGCAGACACGCGUGUGUCGGUUUACACCGGAUGAUCGCCGCCACCGCGGCGACGCACACAAUAAACGGGGGAGGUGUUGCCGGGUGGUUUUUUUUGUUUUUUUCUUGUGCAGCGACAAGAGUUGGGGGGGGGGGGGGGGGUGGGGGAGAGUUACGAGGAGCCAACCGCUGGUCUUCCUUUUUAAACCUAGACAACCACAGCCUGAGGGAGCGGAGGGUAGACGGCGCCUGAGCUUCCAGGUCCAUCGUGAUGGGUGGAUCAGUUAGUUGUUUUGUUUAGUUUCACAUGCCAUCCUUUACCUCAGCCACAAACUCAAAAAUACAAUUCUCUCCCACCUUCCGUUAAGAGUAUUAUCCGUCAGAAAUGAUCCAGAUUAUUUUUCAUGUAUUUUUGCAUGCACGCUCUCCCAAGCACUUAUGAGACAUUACCCAGGGUUACCCCCGUGUGUGUGUGUGUGUGUGUGUGUGUGUGUGUGUGUGUGUGUGUGUGUGUGUGUGUGUGUGUGUGUGUGUGUGUGUGUGUGUGUGUGUGUGUGUGUGUGUGUGUGUGUGUGUGUGUGUGUGUGAUGCUGUUCCCUCAAAGCCUAGCAGCAGCUCUGUCGCCCAGGGAACGGAUGUAACUCGUUGAUAUUGUUUAUAAUGCGACCUCGUAUGGAUGCCAAGUUUCAUGUCAGGAGGGUUAUGCACUUUGCUAAUUUUGGAGCAAUGCUCUACAUUGGAACAUUUUCCUUCAUACGCAAAUGUACCGCUCUUUGAAUCCAGGUGUUUAUCUGAAGUGUAUAGAUGGGUUUCAAGGCGUCAACAGUAAUGUCACCUGGUUACACUUUUGGUUACACAUGUUAGGUUCUGCAUUUUACUAGCCCUUUAAAAACCUUCUGUUAGAUGUUUGUUUGUUUGUUUGCAGUUUAAUGGUGAAUGGUUAACUGUGAACAAAGUUGAAAUGCAAUCCUGGUUCUGUUUGUUUUCCCACUGCCUGGAAAGAAUUGUAUGAGAGUUAGCCAAUCCAAGAUGCUGCCUUGAAUGGUGACUAUAUUGCUGGGACAGGUACUGUUAUAAGCUCAUGUUUAUUUAUGUGUGUUUAAAUCAAUAAUAUAAUGAUUCCGCCAAGGUAAAACAUCGCUCUAUAUUGGAAAUGACCCAUUGCUGAAACGUCCUUUUCUUUCUUUAUCUUUUUUUAUCUGAGCCAUGCCUUUUGUAAUACUUGUUUGAGUACUUCUUUUUGCCAAUGUCCAUUCUCCUGCUGACAUAACCGGCUACACAUUUUGAUCACCUCACACACAUACAUUUUUAUUUGACUAUUUACUAAAUGACAGUGGGUGUGUGUAGACACACCGUACGUGACGCUUUCAACCAUCACGUACAGCUCAACAAAAGUAUCGACCUUGCAAAAAAAAAUCCUAAGCCAUCUUGAGUGUACGAGACCUUCAUGUUUCUUUGCACAAAAUGCCAUCUGUAUUAUAAACAUCGCUGUAUUGUGAGAGUCACUGUAUGCCCGUUCUUGUUUACUGUAAUGAAACCAACCAUUGUACAACUAGUCACUUUACAUAUUGGCUUUCUUAUUCUGUGGGUUGGAUCUUCUCUUUGGGUCAUUCAUACAUGUGAGUUCAAGGUUGUUUUUUUAAACUAUACCUCACUUGAAAUCUCUUUUGUUUAACAAAAAAAACACAACAUUGCCAGCCAUUUUAUAGCCCUUUUUUUUUUUUAAUGUGUCAACCGUAGACUUUAUUUAAUCUGGGGAUUCUAUGUAGGUACUUCCAAUGCCAGUGAUUCCACAAUACGUGCCUUCUAGUCGGGAGUCCCCACCCUCAUCAAGGGGACCCGAGUGGGUUAUUUCACCUAAUGGCUGCAUAGAGGCUUCACGCUGGAAAACUGGGACUGCAACAAGAUAUAGAAUAUUGGUCAAAUAGUCUUCAGUUCAUAGUGGCUUAUUUUAUCCUAAAGGAAGUGCAUUGAUUCACUUCUUGAGGCCUACUAUAAAGAAUGGAAACCUUUAAGUGAUGUAAGUCUUGGGAGUUUGGGUUGGAGUGAAAUAAAGUGUUUUGGGCGGAGUUCCGCUUUGCCAUUGCUUAUUGAUUUAUACUGAUAAGUUUGCUCGAUGCCACAUGAAUUAAAGAUCUGAAAUGG